AUGGAUUAUUUAGCCUCCGAUUUUUCCAAUAAUAUUAAUAUACCUAUAGGACGGGCAGUUAUUCUACCAUCUUCUUUUCAAGGUUCUUCUAGAAACAUGCAAGAGCGUUAUCACGACGCAAUGUCUAUCGUCUUAAAAUAUGACAAACCCGAUCUUUUUAUAACUUUUACUUGCAACCCAACAUGGCCCGAAAUAUCCGAAAAUCUUUUUAACGGUCAAACGCUUGCCGAUAGACCUGAUAUAGUUUCUAGAGUUUUUAAAAUUAAAUUAGCUGCUUUUUUAUCUGAUAUCACUAAAAAUAACAUGUUCGGGAAAACAUUGGCAUAUGUUUAUACAAUUGAAUUUCAAAAAAGAGGAUUACCUCAUGCCCAUUUGUUGUUCAUUAUAAGUUCAGAGCAUAAAAUUGAUACCGCUGAGGCUAUAGAUAAAUUUGUAUGUGCCGAGAUACCAGAUAGGACUAACAAUUCACAAUUAUUUAACAUUGUUACGCGUUUUAUGAUUCAUGGCCCCUGUGGCAUUCUUAAUCCUCGAUCACCUUGCAUGGAUAAUGGCGUAUGUACUAAAAAUUUUCCUAAAGAUUUUAUAAAUGAUAUAAUAACAAAUACUAAUGGGUAUCCUCUAUAUAAAAGAAGGGAUGUAGGUUCUAUAUUAAUAUCCGGUAAACCUGUUUAUAAUCGUUUUGUUAUUCCAUACAAUACCUACUUACUUUUAAAAUACAAUGCUCAUAUCAAUGUUGAAAUAUGCACUUCUCUUAAAUCAGUAAAAUAUAUUUUUAAAUACGUAUAUAAAGAUUAUGAUUGUGCAAAUAUCGAUUUAAAUUUAGAAUCUCUCCCCCCUAAAUAUGAUGAAAUUAAAAGUCAUUUAAACACUCGGUAUGUUAGCUCAUGUGAAGCGAUGUGGCGGUUAUUAGAGUAUCCCAUGCAUGAUCGUUCACAUGCCAUUAUUCGAUUAGCUCUCCAUAUGCCUUUUAAACAAUCUGUCUAUUUUCAACAGGGCGAUGAAAGGGAGGCUUUCAAAAGAGCUAAUUUACAUAAAACUACACUUACUGCUUGGUUUUACCUACGCCUACUUCUUCUUCAUGUUCCUGGAGCAACAAGCUUCGAUUUUUUGAGAACUGUUGAUGACAUUUUGUUAGAUACCUUUAAAGAGACUGCUAUCAAAAGACAUUUAUUUUCUGAUGAUAAAGAGUGGGAGCAUUGUCUUGAAGAGACAUCCUUAUUUCAAAUGCCUUUUCAAUUUAGACUCACUUUUGCUUUUAUAUGUAUUUUCGGUCAACCUCAAAACCCUGAAUAUCUAUGGGAUAAAUUCAAACCUUACCUAAUUGAAGAUUUUUGGCAUUGCAACAAUUUUAAUCUUCCUAUCCCUGAGCCUAUUCUUCAACCAAAAUUAUAUGAUUCAGUAACGGAGACAGCUAAGGCUUUAGUAAUGUUAUCCAGUUUAAAUUCUUUACAAAAAUACACUUUUGAUCUAAUUAUUCACGCAAUAGAAGAUAUUUCAUGUACCACUAGAUAUUUUUAUCUUGAUGGUCCAGGGGGAUCAGGAAAAACUUACCUUUACAAUACUUUAAUAUAUUAUCUUAGAGGGCAAAAUAAAAUUGUUUUGCCAUUUGCUACAACAGGAAUUUCAUCCAUACUACUAAAUGGUGGAAAAACAAUUCAUAGUGGCUUUAAACUUCCUAUACCUAUUUUAAACACAUCGGUUUCGCAUAUGAGACCUCUAUCUACACAAGCUAAGGAAAUUAAACUUGCCCACUUAAUAAUUAUAGAUGAAUCAAGCAUGAUGACAAAACAUGCUAUACGUUGUAUAGAUGUCUUGCUUAGGGAAAUUAUGCAAAUAAUUACUCCCUUCGGAGGCAAAGUUAUUUUAUUAGGAGGUGAUUUUAGACAAACUUUACCUGUUAUACCUAGGGCUUCUAAAACAUGUAUCAUCGAAUCAUGUAUUAAAUCUAUGAAUUUAUGGCAUAUUUUCCACCAAAUUCAAUUAACCCAUAAAAUGCGCACUUAUUCUGAAGAGGAAAGUUAUAUUAAAUGGCUUCUACAAAUAGGUGAAGGGAAUACACCACUAUUACCUUCCCCCCUUCCUUCUUACUAUGUAGAAAUUCCCUUAUCUAUGCUUGAGAAUUCUCUAAUUUCAUCCAUAUAUGGUGAUUCUCUUUUACUUAAUAAUAUUGAUUAUUUAUCUACCAGCAUAAUUCUAACAACAAAAAACGAUAUUACACUAACGUUAAAUAACACUAUUAUAUCAAAACUUCCAUGCCCUUUAAGACAAUAUUAUAGCUCUGAUUCAUUCCUUUCCGAUCACACAGAUGAUUCUCUCAACUAUCCACUUGAAUUUCUAAAUUCUCACACCUUCUGGAAUUCCACCGCACACACUAUCAUUAAAAGAUUAUGUAAUGGCCCCCGAUUAAUAAUCAAAAGUAUGCACAAUUAUUUUUUGGAUGCCGAAAUAAUUACAGGCACCAAUAAAGGUUACAGGGUCUUUAUUCCUCGCAUUGAUCUAACUCCAAGUGAAUCACAAUAA